GCACACCAUGGCCCUUCCUGCAGAAAUCUAUAACGAAGCUUCACAAGGCACUCGGUUAUUCAACAAAUGGACUUACGAUGAUGUUGAGGUUAAGGAUAUAUCAUUGACAGAUUAUAUUCAAAUUCGAAACCCAGUAUACUUACCACAUACUGCUGGUCGUUUUUCUACCAAGAGGUUUAGAAAGGCUCAGUGCCCUGUUGUCGAACGGUUAACAAAUUCACUUAUGAUGCACGGUCGUAAUAACGGCAAAAAAUUAAUGGCUGUUAGGAUUGUAAAACAUGCAUUUGAGAUCAUUCAUCUGCUAACUGAUCAAAAUCCUAUUCAAGUUUUAGUUGAUGCCAUUAUUAACACUGGUCCACGUGAAGACUCAACCCGUAUUGGUAGUGCUGGUACUGUAAGAAGACAAGCUGUUGAUGUGUCUCCUCUUCGUCGGGUGAAUCAAGCUAUCGCUCUUUUGACAACUGGAACGCGUGAAUCAGCUUUCAGAAAUGUUAAGAGUAUUGCAGAAUGUUUGGCUGAUGAACUUAUUAAUGCUGCUAAGGGAAGUUCAAAUUCUUAUGCUAUUAAAAAGAAAGACGAACUCGAACGUGUUGCUAAGUCCAAUCGUUAA